AUGAAUCCAUUCCCAGCACCAUUGUUAUCAACAGCACCCUCAAACCCCAGCAAACAAGGCUCCCCAUAUGAAUCGGCUUCGCUCCUGGCAUCUUUGUCCCCCCAAGGCUCUCUGCCUCCGCCAUCUGCCCUAGCAUCCGCUCCCCCAAGCAGGCCGGGCAGUGGUUUGCAGAUGGCGUAUUUACUUCAUCCGCCCGCCCAGCAGGGUCCUACGCUACCCAUACCCCCUACUUCAUCGCCUUAUGCUCAUUCCUACGACUCGGGAUCCAGGUCUCCAGCGGAUCGCGCAUCCGUCCUGACUGAUGGGAAUGGAUCUUUACCCGAUGCUCCGAGUCUUGUCCCUCACAUGGGAGGCUCUGUGGGACCACCCCAACAGAAAAGAGCCUACCGGCAAAGACGAAAGGAUCCCAGUUGUGACGCUUGUCGCGAACGGAAAGUGAAGUGCGACGCAUCCGAGUCAUCAAGCUGUACAGAAUGCUUGAAUCGAAAGGUUCGCUGUCAGUUCACUAAGGAAACCAAUAGGCGCAUGUCUUCGAUCAAGUUUGUCACCUUCUCUGUUUCCAAAGGCCCGCCUUUGAUUUCCGUUCUGACUUUCGGGCCAUUUAGACAAGUUCAAGAUCUUGAGAAGCAAUUAAGUAGCACAAAGCAGCAAUUACACCAGCUAAGGUCGGGUGUUUUGAAAGCUGAUAGUGUGAUGGAUGUUGAAUUUGACAUGAGUGGUCAACCGGUACUAAAGCUUCCAGAUGUUGGCUAUCGGCCGACCCGUCAAAAUCGACCUACAAUACCACAAGACUUUUCAAGAGUUCGCGCCAAUGUACGCAACCAAGGUUAUGGAAUCAUAAAAGUGCCGCCACCAUACCGACAAGUAGUGUCACGAUCCCUCAUUCAAGAUAACGGACCGGCGCUUCCUUCAAAGCCAGUUGCAGAUCGACUGCUAGCACAAUAUCACACCUACGUUCACGCAGUCAUGCCCAUUAUUCACUGGCCCAGCUUCAUCUCCGAGUACGAAUCAUUAUACCAGCGCGGAACGCUGCAAGGAACUAGUCGAGAAUGGGCUGCUGUACUUUUUGGCGUUUUGGCUUGUGGUGUUAUGCACUCUUUGGAAUCGAACAAGCAACAGGAGGCACAAGGGUAUCUCUUGGUUUCACAGACUAUCUUGGAUAUGUGGGUGGACGAGUUUUCAAUGGAUCAGGCCCGCGUGGCACUUCUCGUAAGCAUUGCUUUGAAUGAGAUGAAUUCGAGGUCUUCCAGCUGGGUCUGGCUCGGUUCGGCAGUCAGGGUGGCGCAGGAUAUCGGUCUUCACAUUGAAUCAGGUCCUUGGUCAGCGGUUGAGCGCGAAACGAGGAGACGACUCUGGUGGGGGAUUUAUGCGUGGGACAGACUGCUAUGCUUAGAAUUGGGCAAGCCCAUUUCGAUCCACGAUCAAGAUUGUGAUGUCGACCUACCUUGUCCGGUGGACGAGCAAUUCAUUUCAGAAGGGGCGCGUAUUCCAGACGUCUCGCAAACAAAUCCUUUGCUAGCCACUAUUCAUGUGGUUCGCUCAAUAGGGCAGAUAAAGAAAACCUUGAGAUCUCCAGUAAUUAGUCCUGCGACUCUCGAGAUAUUCGAUCGCCAUUUCAAUGCGUGCUUAGCUACCUUCCCGAUUCAAUUCCACCCCAAGUCGGAUAACCUUCUUGAUCCCAGCUCCUUGGCGCCUAUAAUUUAUCUCCAAAACGCGCGCUUCAUUUUACAUCGCCAUAAUAUCUCUCCCUAUUGCCCUAUGGACCUCCGAUCCUCCGCGUUAGAUCAUUGUCUAUCGAUCGCCCAGGACACAGCUCGCGUUCUUUCACGAUGUAUGCACACGCCGCCAGCGACACCUGCCUACGCAGGCGCCCACAAUGAGUGGCAGACCCUGUUGGCAUCUUCGGCUACAACUAUGCUAUGUACGCACAUUUGGCGUUGUUUGAUGAUUCUCAUCUUCCGUGAAGAUUUUGCAGCUGCCUUGGUAUGUGUACAGGCUUGCAAAACUAUUGGGGACAGCCAUGUCACUACAGGACCAUGCGGGCGUUAUGUCGCCUUCUUUCUCAAUCGUCUACUAGAUCGCCUUAGACGCAAUGAUACUGGCCCAAUUGACCGAGAUGAAGAGAUGGUUGCGUAUGUAUCGGGCGACAUGCAGAGCACGACGAGCGGUAGCUGGAUUUGGCAAGGUAGCGAAACAGGCAGUCAACUUGAAAGCAUGCCAUCGCAAGGAUCAACACCUUAUUCAUCGUCAAUGCCAGAAGCUACGCAGAGAAUUUCCAGUGACUCGGAUUGGGAGGGAUGGGAAUGGAUCGACAGGACGAUACAAUAUCUCGCUACUGAGUUACACCAGCGGAAUUAUGAACGACGAGAUAUCCCUCCAAUCGUUGUUCCACAGUCAUCCGAUUUUCAAAAAGUGAAAGAGGAGUCAAUUUCAACGACUAGCAGUUCUCCUUCAAGAUCCAGUGCACCUAGCUCGCGCAUGACCAUCGCCAAUAUCAUAUAA